UACAAAAUCGUCGUCAAGACCAACCACAACAGGAAGACCAAACACACAAACUGCAAGACCUAUCACUUCUACUGCAGUACCCAAAACAACCACUGACGGGCCAACAACAACAGCCUCAGAACCAACAACUACAGGACCAACAACAACAACUGGUGGACUAACAAAAACCAUUGCAGGACCAUCAACAACUGGAUCAAAAACAACAACUGCUGCAUUUCCAACAACUGCUGGUCCCAGAGCAAAAACUGGAGGACAGACAACUGCUCCAGCAGGACCCAUAACAACAACAGCAGAACCAACAAAAACAACUGCAGGACCAACAACUGCAGGACCUACAUCCACAACGGGAGGACAAACAACUGCAGGACGAACAACAACAACUUCAGGACCAAUAACGAUAAAUGCAAGACCCACAACUACUACAGCACGAUCCACAACUACUACAGCAGGACUCACUGCAACUGCAGUUCAAACAACGUUAACUGCAGGACCAACAAGGACAACUUCUGAAACAACAUCACCAAGUGCUGGUCCAACAAAUGAGACAGCAAAACCUGAAACAGCCACUGCAGGACAAUUCACUUCUAUCGUGGGACCAAGAACAACUGGAGGAUUCACCACAACAAAUGCAGGAACAUUAACCAUUACCGUAAGACCCACACCGACAACUUCAGGAAAAUCAACUACAGCAGGAAAAAUGACGAAAACCGCAGGACCAGCAACAAAGUCUUCAGGAUCAACAAUUGCAGCAACAGCAGCACUUACUGCAGGAAUAACAAAAACGAAUACAGUACCAACAACAUCAACUGCAGUACCAACAACUACUAAAGAAGCACCCACAACAGCUGCAGGAACAACAACUAUUGAGGCACUAUCAACUUCUGCUGAGAGAACCAAAACAACAAUUGCAGGAACGACAGCAAAACACACAACUGUAAAACCAACAUUGACCACUGCUGGUCCCGGAGCAAUAACUACAGGGCCAAAAACUACUAAAGCAGGACCCAAAACAUCAACAGCAGGGUUAACAACUGCAGGACAUUCAACAAAAACUGCAGGACCAAUAACAAAUGCAAGAUCGACAUAUACGACAGCAAAACCUGCAAGAACUACUGCAGGACCAAAAUCGGCAACUGCUAAACCAACAUCAAGAACUGCAGCACCGACAAUUACAACAGCAAAACCUGCAACAAAUGCAGUACUAUUAACUUCUAACGUGGGACCCACAACGACUGCAGGACCCACGACAUCAACUGCAGCACCAAAAACAACAACUGCAGUACCCGCAACUACUUCUGCAGGAUCCAUAAUUACUAAAACAGGACCCACAACAACAAAUUUAGGACCAACGACUGCUACUGCAGGACCAACUGAAACUGCAGGACCCACAACAACAACUGCAGGUCCUAGAACUACCAAAGCAAAACCUUCAACAACUGAAGGACCAACAACCACAGCCAAACAAGUAACGACAACUGUGAAGAUAUCCACUCCUGCAGGAGGACCAACAACAAAAACUGAAGGACAAACAAAAACAGGUAAAGGACCACAAAUAACAAGAGCUGAACCCACGGGAUCAACAACAACUGCAGGACCAACAACGACAGCUGCUGAAGCAACAUCAACAACUGCAGGACCAACAUUUACAACAGCAAAACCUGCAACAACAACUGCAGGAACAACAACUGCAGCACUAUUAACUUCUACCACUGGUUCAACAAGCACUGUAGGACCCACAACAACAACUGCAGCACCAAAAACAAGAACUGCAGUAACCACAACUACUUCUGCAGGAUCCAAAACUGCAGGACCGGUAACGAUAAUUACUGAACCAACAUCAACAACUGCUGGACCAACAGCAACGUCGGUAACAUCAUCAGGACCAUUUACUUUUACUGAAAGACCACCAGCAACAACUUCAAGAACAUCAAUGAAAAUCUCUAAACAAACAACACUGACGGCAGCAACAACAAAUGCAGGACCAAAAACAACAUCUACAAGAUCGACAGCUGCAGGACCAGUAUCGAAAGCAGCUGAACCAACAACAGCAGCUAAAGGACCAACAACUACGACAACCGAACACACAGCUGCAGGACCAACAUCGACGACAUCUGCAGGACUAAAAACAACAUCUGACGAACAAAAAACAGCAACUAUAGGACCAAAAAUGACAACUGCAGGAUCAACAAUUGCAGUUACAACUACUACUAAAGCUGAACUCCCAUCAACAACAGAAGAGUCAACAAUAACCACAACAGGACCCACAAAACCAACUGCAGGCCCAUCGUCAACAAGAACUGCACUACCAAAAUCAACCACAACUGCAGGAACCACAACAACAACAACAGCAAAAGGACCAACAACUACGACAAUAGGACAUACUACUGCCGGACCCACAUUGAACACUUCUCAACCCAAAACAGAAACUUCUGGACCAACAAAAAAAUCUGCGGGACCAACGAUAACUAAUGAACCAAAAACAACAACUACAGGAACCACAACAAAAAGUACAGGACCCACAACAAAAAGUACAGGAUCCACAUCAAAAACUGCAGUACCAGCAACUAACACAUCAGGAAUCUCAACAUCAGCAGGAUCAUCAUCUGCCGGACCAACAAUGACAACUGUAGAACUCAAACCAACAACUUCAGGACCAAUAACUAAACCUGCUGAACCCACAACUACUAAAGCAGGACCCACUUCAACAACUGCAAGACCAACAAGGACAACUGCUGAACCAACAACGACUGCUGCACCAAAAGCAACAAAUUCAGGACCUACAGCAACUUAUGAAAUAAUAACAACUGCUGAACUAGCAACAGCUCCUGGACCCAGAGCAACAACCACAGAACCAAAACUAACAACUGAGGGACCAUUACCGACUAACACAACACCAAUGAAAAAAACUGCAAAACCAACAACCACUGCAGGACCAAUAACAACAAAUAAAGGAUCCACAAAUCCUGCUUUAGGACCCUUAACUACCACAACUGGCCCAACAACAAAUACAUUAGGACCCACAGCAGUGACUGCAGGACCCACUACUUCUUCAGAAGAAGGGAAUUUGGAGAUAACUUUUAGUUUAAGCGAAAUAUUUAUUGAACAAUACUCAGACCCUACUUCCACAAGCUUUCAGGUCCUCUCUAAUAAUGUUACAACAGAGGUAGACAAAGCCUUCAAAGCCCAUGUUCAAGAUAGCUUUGCCAGGAGUGAGGUAACAUCCUUCAGUAAUGGAUCAGUCGUUGUUGACUUGAAACUGAUCUUCAAAAACACAUCGGUUGUUCCCAGUGAAAGCACUGCAUUGCAGGUAUUGAUGGACGCAAUAUCCAGGGGCAUCACCAAGCUUAAUGUGGACAGAUCUACUAUUGUGACGAAUAAUAAAGAAACUACUACCACAACUGCAACAAAAGGACCCACACCUUUUACUGCCGGACUCACCGCUUUCUCAGCAGGACCAUCAAUAAUAACUGCAACAACUACAGCAGGACCCAAGACUGCUACUGUAGGACCCACAUCAACAACGGCAGUACGGUCAGCAAACGAAAGACCAUCAUCUAUGAACAACAACUGCAGAACAAACAACAACAACAACUGCUGGAUCAACAACGGUUCGAGCAGUACCCACAACAACAACUGCAGGACCAUUAACUUUUACAGCAAGACCCACCACAACAACUUCAGGAACAACAACGGCAGGACAAACCACGACAACUGCCGGACCAGCAACAACAACCUCAGAAUCAACAAUUUCAGGAACAUCAACGACAACUGCUGA